UUGAACGAGGAGCACUGACACUGAGCUCGAGGACGGAGCGAGAGGGAGACGUGAAGAUGACCAGAGGUAAAACCAUCCUGUGGCUCCUGGUCCUGACCUGUGUGCUCUCCAUGGGAGGACACGUCACAGAGGGACAGAGAGAUGGAGAAAUCAUCAGUCAGAUCAAAUUGACGAACAUCGCGCUGGCUGAGAUUAAAGAGCUUCUGAAACAACAGAUCAAAGAGAUGGUUUUCCUGAAGAACACAGUGAUGGAGUGUGAAGCCUGUGGGAUGGCUGGAAUGCAGCCUCGUCCCUCCUGUGUCCCCAACCCCUGCCACCCGGGGGUGACGUGCAUGGAGACGCCUCAGGGUCCAAAGUGUGGACCCUGUCCUGACGGUACGGAUGGUAACGGUACCCACUGCUCGGACGUGGACGAGUGUACAGUGAUGCCGUGUCACAUGGGUGUGCGCUGCAUCAACACCUCCCCGGGCUUCCGCUGUGGCUCCUGUCCUGCUGGUUACACUGGGCCCCAGGUGCAGGGCGUCGGCUUCGCAUACGCCACCGCCAACAAGCAGGUGUGCAAGGACAUCAACGAGUGUGAGGGCCCCAACAAUCGAGGCUGUGUGGAAAACUCAGUCUGCAUGAACACACCUGGCUCGUUCAGGUGCGGCCCCUGUAAGACGGGCUACAUCGGCGAUCAGCGACAUGGCUGCAGACCUGAGAGAGCCUGUGGGAACGGCCAGCCCAACCCCUGCCACGCCAGCGCCGAGUGCAUCGUUCAUCGAGAGGGAAAGAUCGAGUGUCAGUGCGGAAUUGGAUGGGCUGGUAACGGCUACCUCUGUGGCCCUGACAUCGACAUUGAUGGUUUCCCCGAUGAGAAACUGGAGUGUCCUGAGAAGAACUGUAACAAGGAUAAUUGUGUCACUGUUCCCAACUCUGGUCAAGAAGACGCAGACAGCGACGGAAGGGGAGACGCCUGCGACGAGGACGCAGAUGGAGACGGGAUCCUCAACAUGCAGGACAACUGUGUGUUGGUGCCCAACGUGGAUCAGAGGAACAUCGAUGAGGACGACUUCGGCGACGCCUGCGACAACUGCCGUGCCGUGAAGAACAACGACCAAAAGGACACCGAUGUGGACAAAUUUGGUGACGAGUGUGAUGAAGAUAUUGAUGGCGAUGGAAUCCUCAAUCACCAGGAUAACUGCCAACGGGUUCCCAACGCCGACCAGAAAGAUCGAGAUGGAGACAAAGUGGGAGACGCCUGCGACAGUUGUCCUUAUGUUCCCAACCCCGACCAGAUGGACGCGGAUAACGAUUUGAUUGGAGACCCCUGCGACACCAACAAGGACAGUGACGGGGACGGCCACCAGGACUCUCGGGACAACUGCCCAGCGGUCAUCAACAGCUCUCAGCUCGACACGGACAAAGACGGAAUGGGAGACGAGUGUGACGACGACGACGACAACGACGGGAUCCCCGACCUGCUGCCCCCCGGUCCUGAUAACUGCCGCCUGAUCCCCAACCCUCUGCAGGAGGACUCCGAUGGCAACGGUGUGGGCAACAUAUGUGAAAGGGAUUUCGACAACGACACCAUUAUCGACACCAUCGAUGUUUGUCCAGAGAACGCUGAGGUCACCCUCACAGACUUCAGAGAGUACCAGACCGUCGUGUUGGAUCCAGAGGGAGACGCACAGAUCGACCCCAACUGGGUGGUGCUGAACCAGGGACAAGAGAUCGUCCAGACGAUGAACAGUGACCCUGGGUUGGCUGUUGGCUACACUGCUUUCAGCGGUGUGGACUUUGAAGGGACAUUUCAUGUGAACACGGUCACAGACGACGACUACGCAGGAUUUAUCUUCGGCUAUCAGGACAGCUCCAGUUUCUACGUGGUGAUGUGGAAGCAGGUGGAGCAGAUCUAUUGGCAGGCGAACCCAUUCAGGGCUGUGGCAGAACCCGGCAUCCAACUGAAGGCAGUGAAGUCCAACACGGGUCCAGGAGAGAACCUGAGGAACGCCCUGUGGCACACCGGUGACACCAGCGACCAGGUCAAGCUCCUGUGGAAAGAUGCUCGUAACGUCGGCUGGAAGGACAAGACCUCGUACCGCUGGUUCCUCCAGCACCGGCCCGCUGACGGCUACAUCAGAGUUCGUUUCUACGAGGGUCCUCAGAUGGUGGCAGACACGGGCGUGAUCAUCGACACCACGAUGAGAGGAGGCCGACUCGGGGUCUUCUGUUUCUCACAGGAGAACAUCAUCUGGGCCAACCUGCGUUAUCGCUGCAACGAUACUCUUCCCGAGGACUUUGACACCUACAGAGCUCAGCAGGUCCAGCUGGUGGGCUGA